CCAGACAGAUCUGCUGCUGCUUUAAGAGGAGGAGAACAGGAGAAACUGCCAAACCCAUCUUGUGUGUGUGUGUGUCUCUCUCUCUUCCCCCCCUCACAUCACCACCUCCCUGCUUGCUGAGUCGAGAGGGGGCCGGGUGGGAGCUGAAUCCUCCUUGGUGGAGAUGCUGGGUGGGGGGGCUUUUUGGAACCUCUGAGCCCCCCCACACCUCUCUCUUGCACCUUCUCCCUCUCUCUUUCUCCCCCCCCCCCCGGUUUCAUGCCUUGCUUCUUGCUUUGAUAGGAUUGAAACCACAACCAUUUAACAGGGAAGAGAGAGGGAAGGCGGGAGAGUUCAUGUCCAUGAUUUAAAGGGGAGAAGAAGAAAAGAAAGAGAGAGGGGGGGGAAAUAAGAAAAGAAUCAGGAAAGAAAGGGAGAGAGAAAGGAGUGUGAGACCAGUGAAUGUGUUUUGGAGAAGGGGUGUUGCUGCUGUUUGAUCAUCACACACCCCUUCUCUCUCUCUCUCUCUCUCUCUCUCUCCCCCCCUUUUCAAACUACCACGGGGUUGUUUAUAUAUUUUUUUCCUACACGGACCAUAAGUCACUUGAGGUCUGACAUCUCUCAGCACUUGAUGGACAGCUACGACAGCCAAAAGGCAGAAGAAAAGGUCUACUUGGGAGAAAGGAGAAACCUACAAGCAAGAAAAUAAGCAACUAUUCCCCGCCGCCUCUAUACACAAGCAAACAAAUUUACAUCCCUGCCAAACUGUCAUGCCGGCUUCCAGCUAGCUAAAUUUACUUAGGUUUGUUUUAUAUCUCUCUAUCUAUAUUUGGAAAGACCUUUGGAAGGUUUGAUUUUUGUAAUUUCUUUUUUUUAAAAAAAAAUAAUCAUCAGCAUUAUUAUUACUCCUGCUCCUACUCCUGAGCAAAGCCACAGAUAAAUCGCCCCUUUCUGGGAGGGGAAAAAUAGAGUUAGAAAAUAAAAACAAAACUCCAUUUGCAACAGUUUCUCUUUUUUGCCCCCCCCCCUUCGUUGGUACUGUUGGAGUGAUGGGCACCAGGAGGGGUCCAAAAUGAAAGAUCUCUGUUUUGGACGGAACUGAAGCCUCCCUGGCCUCCCCAACAGCCCACUCCCCCAGGGGGGAGAAGCAACAAGGAAAAGGAAACCCGGAGGAAAAACUUCCGAGCGUCCGAUGGCGCAAAGGUACGAUGAAUUGGUACAUUACGCCGGAAUGGACGGGGUGUCUCUGCCGGGAUUUGGAGACCCACAUACGGGCAGGGGUCUGCAGCAUCACGCUUUGAAUCAGGGGUCCCCUUAUGGAUCCGCUGGGGUUAACCACCGGCCUGGGUUGCCCCCCGGGCUUGGAACCAACGACGCCUUGAAGAGAGAAAAGGAUGAAAUUUACGGGCACCCCUUGUUCCCACUGCUGGCCCUGGUCUUUGAAAAAUGUGAGUUGGCAACUUGCUCUCCCAGGGAUACUUCUGGCUCCUAUCCAGGAGGAGACGUCUGUUCGUCGGAUUCCUUCAAUGAAGACAUUGCCGUCUUUGCUAAACAGGUUAGGACAGAAAAACCUUUAUUUUCUUCCAAUCCUGAGCUGGAUAAUUUGAUGAUUCAAGCUAUCCAAGUUCUGAGGUUCCACCUUCUGGAAUUAGAAAAGGUGCACGACCUCUGUGACAAUUUCUGCCACCGCUACAUCACCUGCCUCAAGGGGAAGAUGCCCAUCGACUUGGUUAUUGACGACAGAGACGGCGGUUCCAAAUCCGACCUUGAGGAUUUCGGUGGUUCUUGCGCCAGCCUCUCUGACCAGAACAACUCCUGGAUCCGGGACCACGAUGAAACGGGAUCCACCCAUUCAGGAACGCCGGGGCCCUCAAGUGGUGGGAUCGCCUCGCAAAGCGGCGAUAACUCCAGUGAACAAGGAGACUGUCUAGAUAACAGCGUGGCCUCCCCCAGCACGGGAGACGACGACGACUUAGACCGAGACAAAAAACGGAACAAGAAACGAGGGAUCUUCCCCAAAGUGGCCACAAACAUUAUGCGUGCCUGGCUCUUCCAACACUUGUCGCACCCCUAUCCCUCCGAAGAACAGAAGAAGCAAUUAGCUCAGGAUACGGGACUGACGAUCCUGCAAGUGAAUAACUGGUUUAUUAAUGCCAGGCGGCGCAUAGUUCAGCCUAUGAUCGACCAAUCAAAUCGUACAGGUCAGGGUGCACCGUACAGCCCUGAUGGGCAGCCAAUGGGAGGCUACGUGAUGGAUGGGCAGCAGCACAUGACGAUCCGUCCCCCAGGACCAAUGGGCAUGGCGAUGGGCAUGGAGGGGCAGUGGCACUACAUGUAAAGCCCUGAACGCGUUGACAACGCCAGGCGGGAAGUGUCCAGGCUCGGCUAGACGUGCGGGCGACACACCCUUCCAGGUUUACGAGCCCGAGACUCCCGAUGCAUCAGGGCCCGGCGUGCCCUUCCACCCGACCUCCCCUGCACUUGACAAGAAGGUGCCACGGACCGCCCCCCCUGUCCUCUUCACCCCCUACAGCCGCGAUGCACGCCCACCGUCCGCACUGCUACACUUGACCAGAGGAAGCGACCCCGCCCCACUCCCGCCCCUCCUGGAUGGACCAAGCACAGACGGAGCGUCCCGCGUUCUUGUCCCCCGUCCCCUGCACACGGUUCCUUCUCCCCCUGACUCCUUUGCCGGAAGAAGGGCCACCUGAACGACACGUAGCCAAAAAUCCCAAGGGUCCAGGACUCUCCGGUGGCGUUUCGCCUGCCCGAGGUCACAGGAGCCCAGCAACGGAUCACAAUAAGGAAGCUGGACUUUGAUCGAAACAGAUCCCAGACACCCACGUUUAAAGAGAAGGAGGGGGAUGGAACGACAUCCGUCAUCAUGAAAGAGAGAUGUGGGGUGGGUGAGGCCCAGGGGUUAACUUUUAAUUUGUUGGGGUCUGCGGUCUCUUCUCCACCCCUCACACUGUUUGUACGCUCCCUGCCACCGUCUGGGGUGGCCAAAGCCAGCUUUGGGCACGGUUGUCCCUCCACGGACUUCUUUUAAAACAAGACAACGUUCCAAGCAGGGUUUUGGUUUUGAGUUUAUUUCUCCCCCUUCCUUCCUUUUCUUCCUUCCUUCCGCCCUUUCUUCCUUCCCAUCUUUCUUUCUUUCUUUCUUUCUUUCUUCCGUCUGGAUGUUUUAAUUAUUAAUUAAUUAUUGGUGUUGAUACUCAGAAAGGGGAAGUAAAUUAAAUUGUACAUUUUAUUUUCCUUUUUUGGGUUCUUGUUUUUAUGUGCUUUUUUGUUUUGGGUUUUUUUUUUUUUUAAUGAGAAUAAUUCAAGAAAAAGAAAACCAAAAUGAAUUAA